AUGCACAACUUGCUUACAACCAAAAACAUCCAGUUUUGCUUGCUAAGCAAACAUCACGUAACCGAUUUAAUUAUUCGACAAUACCAUCAAUCUAAUUUACACGGAGGAAUACAAUCCACUCUUUACUCAAUCAGAGAACGCUUUUGGAUAAUUAAUGGUAGAGAUCAAGUUAGAAAAAUUAUCAGACACUGUGUGGAUUAUAUUCGUACCAAACCUAAACCCUUACAGGCCCAAAUGGCUGAUUUACCGGCAGCUCGCGUAAUCGAAGCCCCAGCAUUUAGUAACGUUGGUGUGGACUUCUUUGGACCUCUUUAUAUUAAGGAAAAACAGUUUAGAUGUAGAACAACCCUUAAGGUGUAUGGAUGCGUUUUUGUAUGCAUGAUGUCCAAAGCGGUUCACAUUGAACUAGCACAUGAUCUCUCUGCGGAAGGUUUUUUAGCCGCCUUUUAUAGGUUUAUUAGUCGUAGGGGAAUACCCGAGCACGUAUAUUCAGAUAACGGGACAAAUUUUGUAGGAGCCAAUAAUGAAUUGAGAGAAAUUUAUGACUUAUUUAAAACACCCGAAUAUGAAAACCAAAUCGAAAAUUACGCACUUUCUAAUCGCAUAACUUGGCAUUUCAACCCGCCUUUAUCACCUCACUUUGGCGGUCUUUGGGAAGCUGCAGUAAAGAGUUUCAAACACCAUUUAAAACGCAUUCUGAAAGAUCAUACUCUCACAUACGAACAAAUGCAAACUUUACUCAUUGAGAUUGAGGCUAUUCUAAAUUCAAGACUAAUAUGCACUCUUUCUGCGGAUCCCAAUGACCCUCUAGCAUUAACACCUGCUCACAUACUUAUAGGAAAGUCUUUCAAAACAUUACCCGAGAAAAAUCUUGUUUCAGUUCCUGAUAAUCGUCUAUCCACCUGGAACUUCAUAACUAAGGCUCGACAGGACUUUUGGAAUCGUUGGCAUACUGACUAUCUCAAUGAGUUCAAUAUUCGUCAAAAAUGGCAUGAAUCUACUGGCGAAAUCAAACCUGGUGCGGUCGUUAUUCUCAUCGAAAAGACAAUUCCACACGGGCGGUGGCCGCUGGGUGUGGUUCUUGAGGUGUGUCCUGGGAACGACGGCAUCGCGCGAGUAGCUCAAGUCAAAACCACGACGGGCGUUUAUAAACGAAAUAUUACUAGUUUAUGUUUAUUACCGAUUUCCUAA